AUGGCCAUUGUGUUCAUUCAGUUUUUGUAUGCAUUGAUGUCAAUCGUAGGAAAAAUCGCUUUGAACCAAGGCAUGAGCCCUCAUGUCUUGGUUGCUUACCGUAUGGCAGUUGCAGCAGCUCUCCUUACUCCUUUCGCUCUCGUUCUUGAGAGGCAUGUGGUUGAACAAAACCUGUAUUACUCAGGGAUGAAGCUUACAACUGCUACAUUCACGUCAGCUUUGUGGAAUGCUCUUCCUGCAAUGACAUUGAUACUGGCCUGCAUUUUCAAACUGGAGAAGGUUCAUAUCAAAAGGCGUCACAGCCAGGCAAAGCUGGUGGGGACCAUGGUGGCCAUCGGAGGGACAAUGAUCAUGAUAUUCAUCAAAGGGAAUGUUAUUCAGUUUCCUUGGACAAGCAAGCCAUGGGGGAUUAUUGGGCAGUCACAUGCUAUGAAAACUCCAAAGCAGGAGGAAGAUAUAGCAAAAUGA